AUGCAGGCGAAUCCGAUCUCCGUUAAUCGAUGUUCUUCUAACGAUCUUGCUGAAAUAAACGGAAAAUUCAGCGAAGAUGUUGAAGAGAAAUUGAGGUUACAGAUAGAAGAAGAAGAUGAGGAGGAACCGAAACAAGAAUUAGAAGAAGAGGAAGAGGAGGAAUUCAGUUUCGUAGUCAGGAAUCCCGAUGGAUCUCCGGUUUCUGCGGAUCAGGCGUUCCAGAACGGUCUGAUCCGGCCGAUGUACCCGUUAUUUAACCAAGAUCUGCUCUACGAGUCCGGUACUCAAACUCUGCGGCCUCCGCUGAAGAAGCUGUUCGUCGAGGAAUGCGAUUCCGACAAAUUGUCGGAUGCGGAUGAGGAAGUGUCGGGGCCGUCCUGCGCGUGGUCGGGGAAGGCGGUGGACGCGUCCCCUGAGCAUUGGAAGAAGAGCAAUUCCACGGGGUUUUCGAAGUUGAGGAGGUUGCGAGAAUUGGUCCUUCGGAGCAACAGCGACGGCAAGGACGCGUUCGUCUUCUUCCAUAGCAACAAUCCUUCGUCGACAACAACAACGAAGACGACAAGGACCAAGAACAUUGAAAAGAGCGAAAAGAAAGAGAACUACGUUGAGAAGAAGGCGGUGAAGGUGAAAGGGGAAGGGAAAGGCAAAACGGCACCGUCUGCGCACGAGCAGCUUUACGUUAAGAAUAAGGCAAUGAGGGAAGGAGAGAAGCACAGGUCGUAUUUGCCAUACAGAGUGGGGUUUUUCACCAGCGUUAAUGGGAUGAGUCGGAAUGUUCAUCCUUUCUAA